AUGGACGGCCUUAAGCGCGAGCUCAUUUCUGAGGCUUCACGCCGCGGACUACCCAACGUGAUCGUCUUCACGACCGGCGGCACGAUUGCGUCCAGCGCACAGUCGGCCACGGCUAUGUCCGGCUAUCAGCCCAGCGUGGGUGCCCGUGGACUGGUCGAGUCUGUGCCCGAGUUGCGUGACGUAGCCAACAUCUGGGGCGUCGAGCUGUGCAACAUCCUCAGCAAGGACAUGACGUCGGCGAUGGCCUUGCGUGCCUCCCAGGCCAUCGCUGCCGAGCUCGCCUACCCUGACGUUGCCGGGGCCGUGCUUACCCACGGCACAGACACGCUGGAGGAGACGGCAUUCUUGCUCGACGCCACCAUUGCAUCCUCCAAGCCCGUCGUCCUUGUCGGCUCUAUGCGGCCGGCCUCGGCCCUCAGUGCGGACGGACCCAUGAACAUCUUCCAGGCUGUCUCCGUGGCUGCCUGCACAGCUGCUCGUGGCCGUGGCACAAUGAUUGUGACGAAUGACCGCAUCGGAUCCGCAUGGUACACCGAGAAGCACCACGCCAACUCGGUCGACAGCUUCUACUCGGCUGAGCAGGGCCAGCUGGGUGUCUUUCUCGAGCACCGGCCGGUCUUCUUCUACGGGCCGGCCGUGCCGACGGGCAAGGUAGUGUUGGACGUGACCGCUUGCACAGCACUGCCACAGGUCGACGUGCUGUUCGGACAUCAGGAUGCUAACACGGCGCUGAUCACCGCUGCUGCUGCCUCUGGCGCUCGCGGUCUGGUCUUCUGCAAUGUUGGCAACGGCAGCUGGAACGCCGAGGCAAAGGCCGUGGCCAAGAAGCUGUAUGACGAGACCGACAUCCCCAUUGUUUUCAGCCGCCGGCCCGAGAUCGGUUAUGCACUGCAGCUGCAGGGUGAUGAUUGGGCUAUUCCCAGUGGCUGUCUGUCGCCGCAAAAGGCCCGCAUCCUACUUCAACUAUGCCUGCAGGCGGGCAAGACGUUCGCCGAGACAAAAAGCGUGUUCCUGAGGACCAUGGGUUUAUAG